UUAAUGGAAUUGUGACGGAAGAUCCGAUGCAAAGCGAGUUAUAGAAUCUUUUUCUUGUUGUUUUUCGUUUAGCGCCCGAGUCCAAAUAGAUCACGUGACCAACACGGAAGUACCAGGAAAAAGUAGAAAAGUUUUAUAUUUCUAUUUGGGGAGAAUACGUAAAAAAUAGGAUGUGGAAGGCAUCAGCAGGUCAUAAUGCAAAUGUGAAUGUAUCUAAUGGAGAUGACGAUGACUGGGAGACAGAUCCUGACUUUGUGAAUGAUGUUAGUGAGAAAGAACAAAGAUGGGGAGCCAAGACUGUAGAGGGCUCUGGACACCAAGGCUCCAUCAGUAUUAGCAAGCUGCGUGAGGAUGUAACACACGAUGACACAAAGGUCAAGGCCAAAGAGGCUGAGGCUGGCCCUAAAGCGUCAUAUGGCUAUGGAGGCAAAUUUGGUGUAGAGAAAGAUAAACAAGAUAAGAGUGCCGUUGGCCAUGACUACCAAGCUAAGCUAGCUGCUCACGCCAGUCAAACAGAUUCAGCUAAAGGCUUUGGAGGAAAAUAUGGAGUUCAGAAAGACAGAGUGGACAAAGCUGCAGUCGGAUUUGAGUAUGAUGGGAAAACAGAUAAACAUGAAUCCCAGAAAGAUUACGCCAAAGGAUUUGGAGGCAAAUAUGGCGUCCAGAAAGACAGAGUUGAUAAAUCUGCUGUUGGUUGGGAACAUCAUGAGGAGACAGCAAAGCAUGAAUCACAAAGAGAUUAUGCUAAAGGGUUCGGUGGCAAGUAUGGCGUCCAGGCUGAUAGAAUGGACCAAUCAGCUGUGGGCUGGGACCAUAUUGAACGUGUUGAUAAGCAUGAGUCACAAAAAGACUACUCUGCAGGAUUUGGAGGAAAAUAUGGUGUUCAGACUGACAGGGUGGACAAAUCUGCAGUAGGCUACGAACACCAGGAAAAAUUAGCCCAACACGAUUCACAAAAAGAUUAUUCUGCCGGUUUUGGUGGCAAAUAUGGCGUCCAGACAGACAGAGUUGACCAAUCUGCAGUUGGCUUUGAACACCAAGAAAAACUCUCACAACACGAUUCACAAAAAGACUAUGCCCAGGGAUUUGGAGGGAAAUAUGGAGUGCAAAGAGACAGGCAAGAUUCGGCUGCCAAGGGUUACGAUGAGGUCACAAAGACAGAACUCCACGAGUCACAGAAAGAUUUCAAAAAAGGAUUUGGUGGCAAGUUUGGAGUUGACACUGAACAUCAAGAUCAGGCUGCACAUGGGUAUGACGAAAUGGAAGCCCCAUCCCCGUCAUAUCAAAAACCAAGGGCUGAUUCUGGUUCCUCUGGGGCUAAAAAUUUACGAGCCAGAUUUGAGAAUAUGGCAAAACAGGGUGAGGAUGAUGCACGUAAAAGAGCAGAAGAGGAAAGAGCGAGAAGGAAAGCGAAAGAGGAUAAAGAGAGAGAAGAACAGCAGAGACAGAACAAAGAACGGUUUGCACGAGAAAAAGCUGAAAAAGAGGCCAGUCGGCCUGCUGCCCCAGCACCUCAAGCUGCAGCAGACAUGGUUUAUGACGAUGCUGCCAGUGCUGGUCCUGUAAGUACUGAGGGUGCAGAAACCAUAUAUAGUGAGGCCCAGAGUGUGGGUGAGGUUCAACCAGAGAGUGUAUACAGUGAUGCCACAAGCACCCCAGGGCAACAAGCUGAAGAGAGCAUAUAUAAUGAGGUGGAACCUAUGCCUUCAAGGGUGCCACCUCCAGCAGCUGCUAGUGCUCAGCAAGGAGAUGUUUAUGAAGACACCAACUUUGAGCCAGAGCCUAUCUAUAACACAGCAGAUCCAGCCGAGGGUGUCUACGAGGAUACUCCAGUUGUAGCAGCUACACCUCCCUCUAGUGGCACAAGUGCAAACCAAGAAAUAUAUGAUGAUACCCAAGCUGAAAAUGUAUAUGAGAGCGCACCUGAUGGUGAAAUCAAAGCAAAGGCAUUAUAUGAUUAUCAAGCCACUGAUGAUGAUGAACUGACCUUUGACCCAGAAGAGAUUAUCACAAAUAUUGAAAAGAUUGAUGAGGGUUGGUGGAGAGGCUCAUGUAGAGGCAAAGUUGGACUAUUUCCUGCAAAUUAUGUGCAAGAAUUUCAAUAAAUAUUCCUACGCCAGUUUACGGAACUACUUGCACAUACCAUUCAAAGAUGAUCUUAUGAUUAGAUAAGGAACAGUCAGUAGUGAACAGAUUAUGCAACUA